UUCAUUUAAGCUCUCUCUCGAGAUAUAUAUAAGUAGUAUAGAUAGCGAUUUGAUUUUCCUUCUCUUCACAGCUGCUACAAUUAACUUUAAAAGAGGAGCCUCUCUCUCCAUUUUCCUUCUCUCUUUUCAUGGAUUUCUUCAAAACCGUUUUCUCAGACGAUCUGGAACUUCCUUCAGAUUCCCAAACCACACCUACCUCACCACCCAAACCCCAAUCGCAUGAUCACGAUCCUCAACCAGAACCCUCAUCAAACCCUAACCCUGAUCUUGGCCCUAACCCCAACCCUAACCCUGGAAUUUCGACCAUAACCAAUGCCUGGACCUUCGGCAGCAGCUUGAUCAAAACCCUAGCUUCCAGAUCCGAAUCCGUCAUCGAAACCUACCGUCGCGAUCUCGAAGAGUUCGGCUCCGGUCUCAAGAAGGAGACCGCCGUCAUACGCGGCGUCGCCAGCCGAGCCGUCAAGGACCUCCCGACGUCUCUCGAGGCCGGCGCAGCAGUGGCGCAGGAGUCCCUCGAGUCCGUCGGCCAGGCGAUCGACGAUUUCGGGAACUCCGUGUCUGUGAUCAUCGCUCAAGGUAAGGAUUCGAUUCUGGAUAAUGAUUCUGAUACCGAUUCCUUUGAUUCCAAACAAAUUAGUAGUAGUAAUGAGCACAAUUUAAAUUUGAAUUCGAAACCCUACAGUAGGUUUGAGUCACAGGUUCGUGCGAUUCAAUGUGAUAUGAACACGUAUUGUGAGGAACCAGAGGAUUUGAAGGAGUACAAUGAGUGGAAAUUAGGGUUUGUGCUGGAUGAGAAGGGUGAGGAGAUUGAGAAGUUAAUUGAAGAAAAUGGAGUAAUUGAAGAGAUCUAUAAUGAGAUUGUUCCGGGUAAGGUUGAUCGCGAAACGUUUUGGAGUCGAUACUUUUAUAGGGUAUAUAAGAUUAAGAAAGCAGAGGAGGCCAGAGCUAAGCUUGUGGAGAGGGCGAUUUCGGGAGAGGAGGAGGAUUUGAGUUGGGAUGUUGAUGAUGAUGACUAUGAAGAGAGUGACGAGUCUAAGUCUAAGUUGAAGAGUGAUUCGAGAAGAGAAGUUGAAGAGAAACCAUCUUCCGGAAAGGAGGUUGAGAAUUCUGUGGUUGAAAGUGAAGGGAAGGGUUUGAAAGGAGAAAAUGAUGAGAAGGGGGUUUCUUCCGAAUUGAAAGGUGAGAAUGUGGUUGAUGAGUCUGAAUCGAGUGGCAAUAAACUCGAGGCAAAAUCUGAUGAAAAAUUGGGUUCAGAAGGGAAGGCAGAUAACGGCGGGUCUUGCAAAGAUAGUGAUUUUUCGGUUAUUUCUACGCAACCCUCAAUGCACGAGGAAGAAGAAGACCUGAGUUGGGAUGAGAUUGAAGACCUCGGGAACAAUGAUGAGAUUAAGGUGACUGCAAGUGGGAGUCCAAAUAGAGCUGAUUUGCGGAAGAGGCUGAGUGUUGCUGAAGAAGAGGAAGACCUGAGUUGGGAUAUUGAAGAUGAUGAUGAGCCUCUGCCUGUUAAGUCAUGAUCAUUUAUACAUCUCAAGAUAAUAUAUUUUCUUGAGUCAUUGUUUACUCUCUCUAAUGGGAAUACUUUUCAAAACUGUUUAUUCUUAUGAUUUGAUGGUAAUCCAUAAUCACUUGGUGGCUUUGUUGUCAUAAUGUAAAUGUGUUCCUUUUGUAUCUAUUAAACAAGCUCGAGCAAUUAUAUAUCCGUUUUAUUAUCAUA